AAUUACCAGCAAAGGAUGGAGAACAUCCUGGCUAGUUUGUGUGGGACCAGCCCAGAAGAUCCACUCCCUGUGUGGAUUCAUGGCAGCAUUGGCCAUUGCUUUAACCAGCUGACAUUAAAUGUGAUUCCUCAUGUGAUACUUGCAGUGGUCAGUGCCUGCUUCCUUGGCACUCCGAGGUCUGGCUCCGGUGUGCCUUGCAGGCCAAGCUGGGGAUGGAGAAUUGCGACCUCCUUUGUACUUGCUGGCCUAUUCUUUGCUGACACCAUCCCAGCCACCAUUUCCCAGCAGGAGCUAGGCCCUGUGUACCUGGAAGUGCUGGCCAAUGGCACCGCUGCACUGACAUGGCUGGUGCAUGGCUUUGCUCUUCUCAUGCUCUGCAGGUCGAUUCAUGGCUUCAGCAGGGGCCCUGCAGUCCUGGCUCUCCUCACUCUCCUACCCCUACCUUCCUUCAUCAUCACACUAGUGUGGUACUGCCAGAGUGGGACAGCUUGGUCCCCUUCCCACCCCGGGGUCUCCUGCAGGUUUGCCAUUCUCUGUCUGCAGCUGGCCUCUCUGCUUGCCUAUGUGAUCAGCUACCUCUUCCCCACUGCUGGCAGGCAAGACUUCCUCUCCAUCAAUCGCUCCUGGCAACAAGACCAGCCCAUCUCAGAGCCAGGGAUCCCAGUGCCUGGCCAGCAGAGAGUGGCAGAAGAUGGUGAGAGCUGGCUCUCACGCUUCUUUUACACCUGGAUGAACCCCCUUAUGAAGCUUGGCUACCAGCAGAAGCUGAACCAGCCACAGGAUGUCUAUGUGCUUCCUCGCCAGCUCCAGGCUGCCAGGGUCUGUGGCCGGUUCUACUCUUGCUGGCAGAAGAAGGCAGCUCUUCACCAAGCAGAGGAGGAGACGGUGUCUCUUACCAGCCCAAUCAUUGCUGGAGGUAAUGGGAAUAAUGAUGCUCCAGACAGCCCACACCAUGCCCAAAAAGCUGUGCGCCUCGUGUCAGUCCUGCAUGCAGCCUUUGGGCUUCGUUUCUACACCCUAGGACUUCUCAAGCUGUCUGGCAGUCUGCUGGAUUUUUCAGGUCCUCUGCUUCUGAACUUGCUGGUGAACUUCAUGGAGUCACGGCAGGAGCCCCUGAGCCAUGGGGUUCUGUAUGCCCUCGGGCUCUUUGCUGGCUCCUUCCUGGGUGCUCUCUUGCGGAACCAGUUCAGCUACGAGAUGAACAAGAUGGCGCUGAUGGUGCGGGCCGCCGUCAUCUCUGCCAUCUACCGCAAGGCUCUGCGUGUCAGCAGCACCAGCCUUGCCCGCUUCACUGUGGGGGAAAUUGUCAACUUCAUGAGCACGGACACCAAUAGGUUGGUCAACUUCUGCCGCAGCUUCCACGAGCUGUGGAGCCUGCCUGUCCAGCUUGCCAUUACCCUCUACCUCCUCCACCAGCAAGUGGGGGUAGCCUUUCUGGGAGGCAUGGCCCUGGCUCUGCUCCUCGUGCCCAUCAACAAGAUCAUAGCUAACCGCAUCAUGGCAAACAAUGAGAAGAUGCUGAAACACAAGGACACACGAGUCAAGCUAAUGACAGAAUUCCUAUAUGGCAUUCGUGUGGUCAAGUUUUAUGCCUGGGAGAAGCAUUUCAGCAGCAGGAUAAAUGCCUGCCGGGCUAAGGAGCUGCAGAAGGUGCGGGCCGUCAGUUACCUGGAUGCUUUGUGCGUGUACAUGUGGGCAGCAGUGCCUGUUGUUGUCUCCAUCGCCAUCUUCGUCACCUAUGUCCUGUUGGGUCACCAGCUCACUGCCACAAAGGUGUUCACAGCAUUGGCCCUUGUUGGGAUGCUUAUUCUACCCCUCAACGGCUUCCCUUGGGUGUUGAAUGCGAUCUUGGAGGCCAAAGUUUCCCUGGAUCGAAUCCAGCAAUUCUUUGAACUCAUGGACCAGGACCUGGAAGCAUAUUAUGCCCUAGAUAGUCCUUCAGAUACUACUACUGCCAUGGAGAUGCACUAUGCAGCCUUCUCCUGGGUGCCAGUUGAGGAGGAAAGCACCAGGCAGCCCUCAUCCACAGGCACUCUGCAACUGCACAUUGAGAACCUGUCAGUGAAAAAGGGAGCGCUCCUGGGGGUUGUUGGGAAGGUUGGCUCUGGCAAAAGCUCUCUGCUUGCAGCCAUCACUGGAGAGCUCAUUAAACAAGGUGGACAAGUGUAUGUUUGUGACCUGGAGCAAGGAUUUGGUCUGGCCACACAGGAGCCUUGGAUACAGUUUACCACUGUCCGUGAAAACAUCCUUUUUGGGCGAGAAUAUGAUGCCGGGCUGUACGAGGAGGUGCUGGAGGCCUGUGCCCUCUCUGAGGACCUAAAAAUUUUACCAGCAGGUGACCAGACAGAGGUGGGUGAAAAUGGUGUGACACUCAGUGGGGGACAGAAGGCUCGAAUAGCCCUUGCCAGAGCCAUUUACCAGGAGAAAGAACUUUACCUCCUUGAUGAUCCCCUGGCUGCUGUUGAUGCAGAUGUAGCCAACCAUAUUAUGCGGAAAUGCAUUUUUGGAGCUCUCAAACAUAAGACCAGGGUCCUUUGCACUCACAGGACAGAGUUUCUGGAGAAGGCUGAUGCCUUGUUGCUGAUGGACAAUGGCAGGAUAGUUAAGACAGGCACACCAGCUGAUAUCCUGCCGCUUGUUGAAGCCUUCCCCAAAUUCAAGGAUACAAACAAGGGGCAUAAGGAUAAAGCCCCUAAUGAACAAGGACAGGAAGAGGCCAUAAAGACAGAGGCAGAAGAACCAACCCAAAACAGUAAUCUCAUCCACAAGGAGGAAGAGAAAAAAGAAGGGGCAGUGGCUUUUGAGGUGUACAAGGCCUAUUGGAUGGCAAUGGGUAGCUGCUUGGCAAUAUCAAUCCUCUUCUCACUGUUCCUGAUGCAAGCAUCCAGAAAUAUCUCGGAUUGGUGGCUGUCAUACUGGAUCUCCAGCAUAUCCCAGACAGCAAAUACCUCUGUGAUGGCCUGCUCAGUUUCCCUGCCUUCCCCAGAGCUGCUUCUCUUCUCCACUGCUGGGCUUUUUUCCCCCAUUCAAGAUUUGGUCAAGACCCCAGCCCCUCACAAUGGCUCAGAGGAUGUGAAUUUCUACCUGAUAGUUUAUGGGAGUAUUGCAGGGGCCAACUCCCUCUUCACCAUCAUUCGGGCGUUCCUUUUUGCUUUUGGCGCUGUCCGUGCUGCUAGUGUCAUUCAUGACCGACUGCUGCAAAGGAUUCUAAAGGCCACAGUCACCUUCUUUGACACCACACCAAUAGGCCGGAUCCUGAACCGCUUCUCCUCAGACAUAUACUGUGUGGAUGACAACCUGCCAUUUAUACUCAACAUCUUCCUAGCCAACAUCUACGGGCUCUUGGGCAUGGUGGUGAUAAUGACCUAUGGCCUCCCUUGGAUUGGCCUGGUCUUGCUCCCUCUGGCUGUAGUCUACUUCUUCAUUCAGCGCUAUUACCGAUUCACAUCCCGGGAGCUGAAGCGCCUCUACAGUGUCACCCUGUCUCCCAUUUACACCCACUUCUCAGAGACCCUCUCAGGACUGAGCACUAUCAGAGCCAUGCGGGCAGCAAAGAGGUUUGAGUUAGAGAAUCAGCUGCGUCUGGAGCAGAACCAGCGCUGCCUCUUUGCCAGCAACACAGUGAUGGAGUGGCUGGACAUCCGCUUGCAGAUGAUUGGGGUUGCUGUGGUUACUGCUAUUGCAGGGAUUGCCAUCAUCCAGCACCAGAAGCAGCUGGGAAAUCCAGGACUUGUGGGCUUGUCACUCUCAUAUGCCCUGUCUGUCACAAACCUGCUCUCAGGCCUCAUUGCCAGUUUCACUCAGACAGAGAUCAUGAUGGUGAGUGUGGAGCGGACAGAGGAGUACACCACAGACACACCCAUGGAGCCCCAGGAUAAACUGGUCCAGGUCUCUACUGACUGGCCAAGUGAGGGACUUGUAGAGUUCCAACAAGUGGUCCUGGCAUACAGAGCAGGCUUGCCAAAUGCACUUGAUGGUGUGAGCUUCACUGUUUACCCUGGAGAGAAGCUGGGGAUUGUGGGUCGCACAGGAUCUGGGAAAUCCACCCUUUUCUUGGCCCUUUUCCGUAUGGUGGAGAUGAAAUCAGGCCGGAUUCUCCUGGAUGGUGUUGACAGCCAGCUGGUGGGCUUGGAGGAGCUGAGAUCUAGGCUGGCCAUCAUCCCGCAGGAUCCAUUUUUGUUCAGUGGCUCAGUCAGAGAAAACCUGGACCCCCAGGGAAAAUGGACGGAUGCUGAGCUCCGUGAGGUGCUGGAGCAGUGCCACCUGUGGGAUGCUGUUACUCAGAUGGGUGGACUGGAUAGCAAUCUGGGAGAGAGGGGAAAGAGUCUGUCUGUGGGACAGAGGCAGCUGGUGUGUCUGGCCAGAGCCCUCCUGACGCAGGCCAAGGUGCUGUGCAUUGAUGAGGCCACAGCCAGUGUGGAUGAGAAGACAGACCAGCUGCUGCAGCAGACCAUCCGCCAGCGCUUCGCUGACAAAACUGUUUUGACAAUUGCUCACAGGCUGAACACCAUCCUGGACUCAGACCGUGUCCUGGUAAUGCAAGCUGGGAGAGUGGCAGAGCUGGAUUCACCUGCCUCCCUAAGCCAGAAAGAUGGCUCCUUGUUCCAGCGCCUCCUGCACAGCAGGCAGCAGUGACCUCCCUCCUGGGCUCAGCCCAGGCAGCCUUUCCAGCUGGCUUUCCUCUCACC